AUGGACGCGGAGGCCGAAGAUAAAACGCUGCGUACCCGCUCGAAAGGGGCGGAGGUGCCAAUGAAUUCUCUAAUCCAGGAGCUCAGCGCCGCGUGCGACUGCUCCAUGGCGAAGAAGAGGAGAGCCGAGGAGCCGGCCCUGGGCGUCCCUGUCAACAAGAGGAAGUCCCUGCUGAUGAAGCCCAGGCACUACAGCCCGAGCGCGGCCGGCAAGGAGGGGCGCGGCGCUCGGGCCGAGGAGGAGGGCCGCGGCCUCCUGGGGACCGCCGCGCACCCUGGCACAGAUGAAAUCACGAUACAACCUGUGGAUGGGAAUCUUCAUUCAACCUCACAAGAAAACCCCAAUGGGAAGGAAGACAGAUACAGCUGCUACCAAGAGCUCGUGGUCAAAUCUUUAAUGCACUUGGGGAAACUUGAAAAAAAUACAUCUGUUCAGACUGUGAAUGAAAACUUGAAUGACAGUGGCAUCCAGUCUCUGAAGGCUGAGAGUGAUGACACAGACGAGUGCUUUAUGGUUCAUUCCGACGAUGGAAAGGACAAAACCCAAGAUGCCCAGCUAAGGUUCUGCUCCUCCGAUGACAGUGAAAGUAACUCUGAAAGUGCGGAGAAUGGUUGGGACAGUGGCUCCAACUUCUCAGAAGAAACCAAACCACAUCACGUCCCAAAGUAUAUUUUAGUGGAUAAUAGGGAAGACAUAUUGGAAGUUACCGAAAUAAAAACUGAAGGUGACAAAUUCAUCUCUUGUGAAAACGGGUGCGAUUCUGAAACAGAGAGGAGGGCCCCACAGCACGCUCACACAGAACUGUCAGAGGGCAAAGCCCAGGCCUCGUUCCCCGGGGCCGAGGAAGAUGAUAACCAGUGCCUGGCGGUGGUGACGGAGGAGUCUGUCGACCUGGAGAAGGCGAAGGGGAACCUGAGUUUGCUGGAGCAGGCGAUCGCUCUGCAGGCUGAGCGAGGGUGUGUUUUUCGUAACACCUACAAAGAGCUGGACAGGUUUCUCCUGGAGCACCUCGCCGGGGAAAGGAGACAAACCAAAGUUAUCGACAUGGGUGGAAGACAAAUCUUUAACAAUAAACAUUCGCCGAGGCCUGAGAAGAGGGAGACCAAGUGCCCCAUCCCCGGCUGCGACGGCACAGGACAUGUGACAGGGCUCUACCCCCACCACCGCAGCCUUUCGGGGUGCCCCCACAAAGUGCGGGUCCCCCUCGAAAUUCUUGCCAUGCAUGAAAAUGUGCUCAAGUGCCCCACCCCGGGAUGCACAGGACGAGGGCACGUGAACAGCAACCGAAACACCCACAGGAGCCUUUCGGGUUGUCCAAUUGCUGCAGCUGAAAAAUUGGCAAUGUCCCAGGACAAAAAUCAGUUUGAUUCUCCCCAAACGGGGCAGUGUUCUGACCAGGUUCACAGGACAAGCCUGGUGAAACAAAUAGAAUUCAACUUCCGAUCACAAGCCAUCGCCUCUCCCAGAGCCACGGUGUCAAAAGAACAAGAGAAAUUUGGGAAAGUGCCAUUUGAUUACGCCAGCUUCGAUGCACAGGUUUUCGGUAAACGGCCCCUCAUGCAAGCAGGUCAAGGCCAAAAAACACCACCGUUUCCUGAAUCGAAGCAUUUUUCGAAUCCAGGGAAAUGUCCUAAUCGCCUGCCUAGUGCAGGCGCCCACACACAGAGCCCGAGCCGUGCCAGCUCCUACAGCUACGGUCAGUGCAGCGAAGACACCCACCUAGCAGCAGCUGCUGCCAUCCUGAACCUCUCCACCCGCUGCAGGGAGGCUGCCGGCAUCCUCUCCAGCAGACCGCAGAGCCUGCAUGCCAAGGGAGCCGAGGUGGAAGUAGAUGAAAAUGGCACGUUGGACUUAAGCAUGAAAAAGCAUCGCGCCCCGGACAGAGCCGCGGCCCCGACGCCCUCCCACGCCUCGAUGCCAGCGCCUUCCUCUUCCCCGUGCAAGGCCGGCAGCGUUUUGGUGAACGCGGCCUUCUACCGGGCCCUCUGCGACCGGGAGGGCUGGGACGCGCCCGUCAACUACAGCAGAGCUCCCGGGAAGGCGGAGGAGGGGCGACAGAAAGACCCCAUGAACUCUCUAGAAAAUUUAGAGGAAAAAAAGUUUCCUGGAGAGGCCUCCUUGCCAAGCCCUAAGCCCAAGCUUCACACGAGAGACCUCAAAAAAGAGCUAAUCACCUGUCCGACGCCAGGAUGUGAUGGAAGUGGCCACGUCACGGGAAACUACGCGUCCCACCGCAGUGUUUCCGGAUGUCCCUUAGCAGAUAAGACUCUGAAGUCCCUCAUGGCUGCUAACUCUCAGGAGCUCAAGUGUCCAACCCCAGGUUGUGAUGGUUCAGGGCACGUGACCGGAAACUAUGCCUCCCACAGAAGUUUGUCCGGCUGCCCUCGUGCUAGGAAAGGUGGUGUCAAAAUGACCACGACGAAGGAAGAAAAGGAAGACCCCGAGCUCAAAUGUCCUGUGAUAGGGUGUGACGGCCAAGGUCACAUAUCAGGUAAAUACACGUCCCAUCGCACAGCUUCCGGCUGUCCCCUGGCUGCCAAGAGACAGAAGGAGAAUCCUCUCCACGGGGGCCCCCUCUCCUGGAAACUGAACAAACAAGAGCUGCCACACUGCCCGCUGCCCGGCUGCAAUGGGCUGGGCCACGUCAAUAACGUUUUUGUCACCCACAGAAGCUUAUCGGGGUGCCCUUUAAACGCACAAGCUAUCAAGAAGGGCAAGGUCUCGGAAGAACUGAUGACCAUCAAGCUCAAGGCCACUGGAGGUAUAGAAAGUGACGACGAAAUCAGGCAUUUGGAUGAAGAGAUAAAGGAGCUGAACGAAUCCAACCUUAAGAUCGAAGCGGAUAUGAUGAAGCUUCAGACGCAGAUCACGUCUAUGGAGAGCAACCUGAAGACGAUAGAGGCGGAAAACAAACUCAUAGAGCAGAACAAUGAGAGCCUGCUGAAGGAGCUGGCGGGCCUCAGCCAAGCCCUCAUCUCGAGCCUCGCCGACAUCCAGCUCCCACAGAUGGGGCCCAUCAGUGAGCAGAACUUUGAAGCCUAUGUAAAUACACUCACAGACAUGUACAGCAACCUGGAGCGGGACUAUUCCCCGGAAUGCAAAGCUCUGCUGGAAAGUAUCAAACAGGCGGUGAAGGGCAUCCACGUGUAG